CAGAAACGUUGCCAAGCUGAUGGGUGUACACGGAAGCACCACACACUACUUCAUCAGAAUGAAAUGCCAACCAGGCCACGAUCACCUGUGACCGGAAAUAUACCCACGGACACUAAUAGUAAGGUCAAUUCAACAAAUUUCUGCUGAGUGUAAAGGAACUUCAUUGAAUAAAAAUUUGCUUUCUGGUCCUGACAACAACAACAUGCUAACAGGAGUGCUCAUUCGAUUCAGGCAAGAAUUGACUGCAUUUGUUUGUGACAUAAAAGAAAUGUUCUACAGAAUUAAAGUUUCACCUGAGGACACAGAUGCUCAGCGGUUCCUAUGGUGGAAGGACCAUAAUUUGGAUAGUGUUCCCAUUGACUUUAAAAUGUUGUCCCACAACUUUGGGAACACUUCAUCACCUUCUGUUGCCACAUUUGCGCUACACAAAGUAGCCACAGACAAUCUGUCGAAUGCAGAUGAAAUGACAGUACGCACCGUUAUGCGCAAUUUUUAUGUCGAUGAUGGACUGAAAUCUGUCGAUGAUCCAUCAGAUGCUGUAAGACUAAUCAAACAGCUCACUGAAUUGUUGGCAACUGGAGGAUUUCACCUCACCAAAUUUAUGAGCAAUGAUAUCAAUGUUCUGCAAUCAGUUCCAGAAAGUGAUCGUGCUCCUGCAAUCAAAGACCUCAAUCUUGAAAGUAAUUCACUCAGUCGCACCCUAGGUGUACAAUGGAACAUGCACACUGAUGAAUUUGUAGUAUACGUCAACAUUGAACCAAAGGCGCUCACUCGAAGAGGCAUUCUUUCAAUGGUGAGUCAAAUCUUUGAUCCUUUGGGUUUUGUUCAACCAUUCAUCUUACCUGCCAAGCGAAUUCUGCAGGAUCUUUGUAUUGAAGGAUACUCAUGGGAUGACCCCAUUACUGGUUUACUAAAGGACCGUUGGGAAAAAUGGAUCGAUAAAUUACAUGCAUUGAAUGGCCUGGCGAUCCCUCGAUGUUACAAACCACAAGAGUUCAAAAGCAACAAUAUCCAAUUACAUUGUUUUUGUGAUGCCAGCACAUCUGGCUAUGGAGCAUCAGCUUACUUACGACUUACUGGCGACAAAGGUGAAGUUCAUUGUUCCUUUGUCAGGGGAGUCGCUAGAGUAACUCCUAAGCAGCCACUGACUAUUCCACGAUUGGAACUCAUCGCUGCAGUUGUGGCUGCUGAGCUUGCCAAUUCAAUUUUACAAGAACUGGACUAUACAGUUGACAGCGUUAUAUAUUGGUCAGAUUCCAUGUCAGUUAUCCAGAUGAUCAAUAAUCGUUCUGAACGCUUCAAGACAUUUGUGGCCAACAGAAUAAACACAAUUCAUCUCUUGUCAAAACCACAUCAAUGGCACCAUGUCGAAUCUAAGCUGAAUCCAGCCGACAUUGCUUCUCGUGGUCUAAUGCCAGAUAAACUAAACAAGGCUGGUAUUUGGUUCAAAGGCCCACAAUUUAUAUGGGGAAGUGAAGAUGCAUGGACCGUGGUUAAUGAUGGGAUUCAUGAAGUCCCAUGCGACCCACAACUUGCUUCGGAGAUGAAAGUUCAUUAUACUGAACCUAUGAAAGAUCUCACAGAUUCUUCUCCAUUACAUGAACUGUUAUUGCGUUACUCAUUAUUCGAAAAGCUACGUAGAGCUGUUGCAUGGCUACUACGUUUUCGUACAUAUGCAACUUGGAAAUUCUCACAUUCUGACAAUUCACCAACUUUGGGAUUUUUAUCUGUGGAGGAAUUAGAUUGCGCCACCAAAGAAAUUAUGAAACUAGUACAACAAUCAUCCCUCUCAGAGGAGCUCAAAUAUUUUGAAGAUAAUACAGAUGCUGAGGAAGUACCGUUGAAUCUACAGAACAAAAAGAAACUCAAAACACAAUUUUCGAAAACACUUCUCAAAUGCAACCCUUUUGUACAAGAUGGAAUCCUGCGUGUAGGUGGACGACUUCGAAACUCUGGUUUACCAGUUGAUCAGAAGCAUCCGAUUAUUCUUCCACCAUACCAUCAUGUGACAAAACUGAUUAUUACCAAACAUCAUGAAAUGACUGGACAUUCUGGUACAUUACACACACUUUCCUCUGUUCGUGGCAAAUAUUGGAUUUUGAAGGGACAAUCUGCUGUUGCCAAGGUUGUUCGUGACUGUGUUGCUUGCAACAGACGUUCUGCAAAAGUAGGAGAGCAGUGGAUGGCAGAUCUACCAUUUUCUCGUGUUACUGCAGGUAACCCACCAUUUUACUACACUGCAGUUGAUCUGUUUGGCCCUGUAAGAAUCAAAUUGGGGCGAAGCGAACAUAAACGAUAUGGCUGUAUAUUUUCAUGCAUGGCUACAAGAGCAAUACAUAUUGAAGUUGUAGAAUCCUUGGAUACUUCAGCAUUCCUGCAAGCUUUCUUCAGGUUUACAUCUAGACGUGGGAAACCUGCUCAUGUAUAUUCAGACAAUGGAUCCAACUUGGUGGCUGGAAGCAAAGCUAUUGCAGAUGGUAUAAACAAAUGGAAUUCCAAACAGAUUGACACAUCUCUAUCUCAAAAGGGUAUACAAUGGCAUUUUUCGCCUCCUCUUUCUAGUCACCAAAAUGGAGUGGUGGAAAGAAUGGUACGAGAGGUGAAAAGAAUUCUUCGAGCUCUAUUGAAUGGCCAGUCUCUCAAUGAUUACUCAUUAUGGUCUCUUCUUACAGGAGUGGAGGGAAUUCUCAAUGAUAGACCACUCACACCACUGAGUGAUGAUCCGAAGGACUUGAAUGCCCUCUCUCCCAACUCAAUUUUGAUAAACAGAUUAGAACCGUCUUUACCACCUGAUGUGUUCUUUCGAACGGAUGAAUAUAGAAGAGGAUACAGACAUGUUCAACGAUUACUCGAUUUAUUUUGGCAGCGUUGGACAAAAGAAUAUCUUCCCCAAUUACAGUGCCGACAGAAGUGGCUCAAUGUUCAACGCAACUUUCAAGUUGGAGAUCUUGUGCUGAUGUACGAUGACAAUUCACCAAGAGGAUGUUGGCCCAAGGCAAUUGUAGAAGAAACAUACCCUGAUGAUCAAGGGGUUGUCAGACGAGUGAAGGUGCGCACAUCCAAUUCAACAUAUGUGCGUGACAUAAGGAAGCUUUGUCUACUAGAAGCUGUUUGAUACAUUUACACAUUACAUAUAUAGCAAUAGCAUCCACACCACGCAUACACAAUUACACAUACAUAACAUACAUUCUCACUAUGGGAAUAUUAGGUGUUUUUUUUGAAUUUUUUUUUGAGGGAGAUAAUUUUUUGGUUUUACCCCCCCUUUUAUUUUCGGGGUCUUGCAUUGACAAUUUCGUUAUCUUUAUUGAUUUGUUACUGUGUUUAUCCUUUCAAUUGUUUUUGGAACUCAAGCAAACCUUUCUUGUUUUUUGAAAAUCAUUUUCCUUGUUAUCGAUAUAACAUUUCAUAUAAUUUUCGGGGCCGGUAUGUAAGAAAUGUUUGCAUGCAUUUUAUGGGACCUUGAGUCCUUCACUUUAAGCACCUUAAGUUAGUCACGCUUUGUGAGUUUACAUUGCCCAUCUUUACUGUGACGUAAUAGUCACUUAUUCCCCCGCGCUUUACGGCCUUCUAGAACUUUCCUUGCCACGAGGUAGACGCUUGUUGCGCUUUGCUUAUUAGGGAGGAUUCUGCGCGACUGCAGAAAUUAUAGCUUAUAGGUUUUACUAUUUUCUGGUUAUAUUACUAAAUGAUUAUCAGGUAGGAAUUCUAGAAUUGAAAUGAUUAUGUUUAUCCAUAUAUUGUCCGAUAGGUUGUGAGGAUUGCUGUAUUUUUGUUGUAUCGAAUACGUCUGUCACUUAUUGUUUUUAUUUGUAUUAUAGCAUACUUAUGGCUGUUCUUUGAGUCCUUGUCAAAAACAGUCAAUUUAUCACUAACACUAACGCCGACACUAACCCUAACACUGUUAUCACUGACGUCAACAUUAGAUGUGUUUAAACAAGAUAAUAAAGUUUCUUUCAACACAA